GGCCCUUAUAUAAAAGAGACGGCUAACCUCUGGGAAAGCAUUUCGACUUUCGGCAGAAUGAUAUGGUCUAUCAUUCUUGCUCUUACCGUUACCUGCGGGGCGGUAAGGGCCCAAAUGGGAUGUGAUACCAAAGCGGAUGUUACGUUUAUGAUAGACUCAUCUAACAAUGUAGGCACUCAAAACUUUCAGAAACAAUUAAACUUUAUAAAAGAUGUUUCGAACAACAUGCAAGUGGCACCUGACAAGGUUCAGGUCAGUGCGUUGACAUUUGGAACUGGCGUUACAAAUCAGUUCUACCUUAAUCAAUAUACGGAUAAUAAUCAGCUUCAGCAAGCGAUUAUGAAUAUCCCGUAUAAAGGUGGACAAGCCAAAAUGGCAAACGCCAUCCGAUUUGCAACGGGUACCUCUUUUAGCCCUAUCCACGGCGGGCGUGCUGACGCUCCUCACGUGGCAGUGCUUUUAACCAAUCAACCCUCAGGGACAAUAGACCAGAUCAAACUCGAGUCACAAACUGCGCGUGACAAUGGUCUUAUUCUCUACACGGUUGGUGUUGGAAACAAGGUAGACCAGAGCGAAUUGCAGACCAUUGCAUCUGACCCAGAUUCCAGACACAUGUUUUCGUCACAGAACUUUGAUGCUUUAGGAUCUCUUUCCGAUCUGUUGGCAACAAAAAUUUGCAAUGAAUUACCACCUGAUCCGACAAUGAUUCCAAAGCCAACAGGAUGUCUACAGAAAGCCGAUGUAGUAUUUAUGGUAGAUUCUUCAAGCAGUGUUGGAAACACCAACUUCCAGAAACUUGAACAUUUCCUAAAGGAUGUUGUAUCAAAAGUCGAUGUUGGAGCAAAUAAAGUACAGGUUGGAGUUGUUAAAUACGCCAACUACCCGUCGGUAGAGUUCCCUCUUGGACAAUACCAAACGCGACCAGAGGUAAUGAAAGCCAUUGAAGGUAUGACAUACCUUGGUGGUGGCACUCACGAUGCCGAUGCUAUUACUUACACCGGACAACAGGUAAUGAGCCAAUACAGCGGAGCUCGAGGAAAUGUCCCAAGAAUUGCCGUUCUCAUCACCGACGGAGGGUCCUCCAAUCCUCAAGCUGCUGUAGCUGCCGCUGACAAAGCCCGUACUGAAAACAUUGGAAUGCUCGCAAUCGGUGUUGGGAAUAGAGUAAAUAAUGCCGAAUUGAAUAAAAUAGCUGACAGCCCAUCAUCAGAAAAUGCCUUCCAUGUUAACAGCUACAACGAUCUUGAUGCUAUAACAGACAAACUUAUUGCCCAAAUGUGCAAAGUUAAGGCUACCCAACCUUCACUUACUGGCGUCACUCUACCUCCGGAUCCAUGUAAAGAUACACUAGCCAAUUGUGCUCAAUAUGGAAAUGAUGUCUGUACCAACUACGGUUCAUGGGCUCAACAAAACUGUGCUAAAUUCUGUGGAUUCUGUACACCACUUUUCACAAAUGCCCCACCAAAAUGUGAAGACAACUUGCCAGACUGCUCUAAUUACGGCAGAGAUUACUGCGCCCAGCCAGGAUCAUAUGUUGCCCAAAAUUGCCAGCUCUUCUGCGGAUUCUGUUCUGCCAACACUAGUUCAUCUGGAUACUACGGUAAAUGCUCCUACAAGAGUAAGAAUUACAAAACUGGGGAGAAAUGGUAUGAUGGCUGUGACUAUGAAUGUAUCUGUGAGGAUGGAAAUACAGGAAAAUACAAAUGUAGCAACAGAUGUCCAGUUUAUCACAACCUUCCCGCCGACUGCACCCUGAUUGCCCAGCCAGGUAGUUGCUGCCUCGAGCCUGUUUGCAACUUUAACCCAACAGUCAAUGUGCAACAAUCUAGUGGCCAUGCUGUCACAGCAAAUGGAAUCGAUGUGUGUGUAUACAAGGGCAAGCAGUAUUACCAGAGACAAAGCUGGAGAGAUGGAUGUGAUUACCAAUGUACAUGUACUGAUGCUAAAUCUGGACUCUACAGAUGCGAGGACCUGUGUCCAUCAUACAGCAGUAUUCCUCCAUACUGCCAUCUUGAACAGAAAGCCGGAGAGUGCUGUAAGAAACCAGUGUGUGAGUUCGACUCCCAAACAGGAAGUUUCCAAGGUUCAGGAUCAAUCAGUGGUUAUGGAGUUGGAGCUAAACCAACAGAGCAUCCACCAUGUUUGGAUGCUAUCUCUUCAUGUAACAUGUAUGGCAAGGAUGUAUGUGUCAGCUACAGAGGAUGGGCCGCUGUUAACUGUAGAAAAUACUGUAACAUGUGCCCUGAUGGACUUCCACAGCCGGGACCAAAUGAUCGAUGUGUGUAUUCUGGUAAACUGUACAAACAGGGAGAAACAUGGAAUACAAGCUGUGAUACACAAUGUACUUGUGAAAAUGCUAUCUAUGGUUACUACAGAUGCGUAAACACAUGUCCAACAUAUAACAAUUUACCAAAGGAAUGUAGCAUGCAGAAGAAGGCUGGAGAGUGUUGUCCAGUAGCGCAGUGUGUUAAUGGUUUCUUCUUGUCCACCUCUCUUACGCCAGGCAGCAUCGGUAAUGGUGGUGCCAUCAAUGUCACCAACCCACAACCAGGCAUAACAUAUGUUCCACCAAAAUCAUCAACUGGAGGAGCUUUGCAACCAGGAACCGGCGGCACCGGAUUCUUUGCUCCUUCUGUCAGCGGUUGUUUAUACAAGGGACAGAUUUAUGUACAGAAUCAAGCAUGGGAAGAUGGUUGUGAUUUCUCUUGUAUCUGUAAGGAAGCAGGCACUGGCCUCUACUCCUGCAAGCAAAAAUGUCCAAACUACCCAGCUCUGGCUCCCUCAUGUCAUAUGGAAACUGAUCCCAAUGAUGAAUGCUGCCAGGCACCAAAAUGUAACCCAGAUCCAGUAACCCACAAGAUUCCAGUUCCCCUCCCAGUGUUCCUACCAGCCACACAGAUUCACAGUUUAGUGGAACCACCUAGGACAGACAGUUACCACCCAUUCACUUCAUCAGUGACCUUGUACCCGACAGGAUUCACACCAGCCCCACCAACUGUACCAACAUCUGGUGUCGGUACCGGGGGAAUUGGUCAUUGUACAUACAGAGGACAAACUUACAAACAAGGACAGGUAUGGGAAGAUGGAUGUGACUUUAACUGUGUAUGUGAUGAUGCAAGCAGGGGACACUACCAGUGUACUGAAAAAUGUGUACAUUAUGGCAUACUACCCAAACAGUGCUACCUGAUUAAAGAUCCAGUGAACCCCUGUUGUGACAUUCCAAAGUGUAACUUCCAAGUUAACUUUGUAACCCACGUAGGUGAAGUGAAAACUACAACCUCAAGGCCACAUGGAGAAUAUUGUAUAUAUGAGGGACAACAAUACCAGCAAGGUCAGACAUGGUACGAUGGCUGUAGCUUCAAAUGUACAUGUGAGGAUGCUUCCGAAAAUAACUACAGGUGUCUCACAAGAUGCCCAGAAUAUGAAGAUGUAGAUGAGACUUGCGAUUUCCUCCCCGAUCCCAAGGACCCUAGCUGCUGUGUCAUGCCAAAAUGUCCAAACAAAGGUCCUACAGCUGGACCCACUCAGCUACCAUUACCAGCUUCAACUGGUUCAUUCAUUGGACAAGGAACUGGAACUGGUUACUGUGAGUACAAGGGUGUCCACUACAACCAGGGUCAGUCUUGGCAAGAUGGCUGUGACUUGACCUGUGUCUGUACUGAUGCAGAAUCUGGUCUCUACAGAUGUACAGAAGUUUGCCAGAGAUAUAACAACCUGCCUGAAUAUUGCACACUUGUUACCGACUUCACCAACCCAUGUUGUAAGAAACCCAGGUGUAACUUCCCUGCUGUAACACAGGCAGUAACAGGGGCUAACACCCCAUCCACACUUGCACCUACCCCAAGACCACCAGGACAGAGCCCACUACCCCAGACUGGAACAACUCUAGCUCCACACUACAAAUUCUGUGUGUACAAGGGUGUACAAUACAACCAGGGUGAGAUCUGGGAAGAUGGCUGCCAAUACAGAUGCCGUUGUGACAAUGCUGACAAGGGUCUCUAUACUUGUAAUGAAAGAUGCGCCUCUUACGACAAUGUACCUAAAACAUGUAAGAUGGUCACUGACCCAGCAGAUUCUUGCUGUCUGGUACCAUCCUGCGCACCCACACCAGUGUCAACUGUAGCUCCUGUCCCAGGGGUCUCAACACCUGCCCCAACCCCAUACCACGUACCUACAGCACCCCCAGGACAAGUGACAGGCUCCGCCAACGUUCCAACACCAAAAACAGGACAGACCCCACCACCAUUGAGUAUGUUCUUAUAA